AUGAGUGCUUGCGGGCGCGGCAGCUGCUGGCCAGGAGCUCUGGCUCUGCUCAGGGACUUGCAGGUAUGGAAGAUCCACGCCGAUGUCGUCGGCCUGAAUUCAGCGUUGAGGGCCGUGGCGACAGCGAGUCGCUGGCGCCAGGUUUCUUGCUUGCUGUUGGCGCUUCAGGAAGAAGGAGUUGAACCGGACCUCGUAAGCUACACAGCCGUUAUGGACGCGGCGCAGAGGAGUCAACGUUGGCCUGCAGCCUUGGACGCGCUUCGGACCCUGCAGCAGCGACGGCUGCAAGCAGACGUGAUCUGCUUCACCACGUUGCUGUCUGCAGUGCAGCGUAGCGCACAGUGGCGGCUGGCGCUGACGGUGCUUGCAGAUAUGGCAAGGACACGGUCGCAACCCGAUCUCAUCUGCCACAAUGCGGUCCUGGCAGCUUGCCAGGAGGGCCCCUGGUGGCUGGCAGUGGCGCUCCUUGACAACCUUUGGAGCAGCAACCUCUGUCCGGAUAUUGUUAGCUUCAACACGGCGAUCACGGCCUGUCUGCGAAACGAGCAGUGGCAGAUGGGGCUUUCUUUUCUGGAGGUCCUGGAAGACCGGGGUCUCAAGCCGAGCUCAGCCACCUUCGAUGCGGUCACGAGCGCGUGCGAGAAGGGGACAAGGUGGCGGGAAGCCUUGGCGUUUUUGCGGGCACGAUGGUCGCUGGAAUCGCAGGUCAGCAGCGACAGGGUAGGCGAGUCGCCCCUGUCGCAGGCCGACAGGCAACUACAACUUCAGCGGUCCGUCAGCGCGGUCCGAUCUGCAGCACGGGCCUGCGAGAAAGCAACGGCCUGGCAAACAGCGAUCUCCUUGCUGGGAGAGGCUUCCGACAUGUCGGUCCAGUGCGAUGAGACUAUGUGCUAUUCCACUAUUCUCGCAUGCUCGAGUGCGCGUGAAUGGCAGAAAUCCUUGGAGAUCUGGCAUGAGAUGUGCCACCGUGGGAUCCGGCCAAGCUGCUCCAGCUCGACACUGGCCACGCUGUUGAUGGAGAUGGAGCAGAGAUGCAUGUGGCAGCAACAAGUGGAGCUGCUGCAUCCCUUGGCCACGGCCUACGACACGAAGGGCGCAGGCCGUAUCCUUGCCCAAAGCGCUGCAGCCCUGAUGCCUGACCCAAGGGUUCGA